UCAUUCUUUGGUUUAAUCAUUUUCACCUGUUAGAGUUGAACACCAAAUCACCAAUUUUAUUGUUAUUUUUCUUGCGUUGUUCCACAAACCAGAUCAAAUUUAACAUCUGGACCUUUACUGGGGUGAAAAAUAAAAGGAAAAAGAAUGAAGAGUGUGAAAGGAAAGCUCGUGAAGAAGCUGAAAUCAAUCAAGCCAGUUGGUUACCUAAAGCCAGAUCGAGUUCUUCAAGUAUUUGCAAUAGAUGGGUUUAUUGAUUCUUGUCCGAAGGCACCAAAUCCCAAUGAACAACCCAAGUUGUUCUGCAAAGAAUCAGAGCAAGGAGAGAUUAAAGAGAGCUGUGUAACAGUUGAAGUACAGCCUGAAAUCAUUGAUGUAGCAGAGCUAAUGCAAGAUCUUGAAGCUGACAGCGACGAGGAAGAAAUGGAUUUGAAUGAAGAAGUUGAGGACAAAGAGAAUAUCAGUCCAGCAAUGAAGGCAAAUAUUGAUGCAGUUUUUGAGAAAGAGAAUGUGAAUGUUCCCAUGAAAUUUGAGACAAGGAAUUGUAGGCAGAACGCACCGUUAUCAGAGAUUGAUGUCUCGUCUUUUCGGAAGCCGGAUUUGAAUUCUUGCACUCUCUUUGACCCUAACCUACUGGCUGCCUUUGAACAAGCUGUGAAGGAGCAUAUCAAGAUGAGUGAAGAAGAGAGGAAAGUAAGAAUUGAGCAAGAGAAUAUUGAGAAGAGCAGAGAAGGAGCAGAGAAGAAGGCAAGAAUUGAGGAAGAGAGCCUUGAAAACGAGGCCCCACAUAAAACUUGCCGGAUUGAUGAGAAUGGUGAUGGUGAUAGUGAUCCUCUAUUAGGCUAUGAAGAGAAGUGUCCCGCUGGAGGUGAUGGAUCAGUCAUUCUUUACACAACGACUCUCAAAGGAAUAAGAAAGACUUUCGAGGAUUGUAACAGGGUUCGGUUUCUCAUGGAGAGUUUCGGGGUGACUUUCUACGAAAGAGAUAUAUCGAUGCAUACAGAAUACAGGGAAGAGUUGUGGAGGAUAUUGGAUGGAAAAAUAAUGCCUCCAAGGCUUUUCAUAAAAGGGAGAUAUAUCGGUGGAGCUGAAGAGGUUCUAACUUUGCAUGAGCAAGGGAAGCUCAAGGUGCUCUUUCAAGGCAUUCCUGUUGAUAGUUCCAAUGGCCCUUGUGAUGGCUGUGCUGGAGUUAGGUUCGUGCUUUGUUUCAAGUGCAAUGGCAGUCAUAGGAUCCUUGCCGAUGAUGGGUUGUGGAGUAAAUGCCUACAGUGCAAUGAGAAUGGUUUGAUUGUUUGCCCCAUUUGCUGCUGAAAAAUGAUUGUCACUGUGUUCUUUGCUUGUCUACUCUGGAUUCCAUUUCUUAUAUUUGGGUGUUAUUAUAGUCAUUCUGUUCCCAUUCCUUUUGUUGUUUUUGACCAGAAGAUGGAAAUUGCCGGAUACACACUAAUGUCAAAUUGAUAAAUAUACUGAAUUAACGUAUCAUGCAUUUCAAGCUUUUCUGUAAAUACAUGGACACUGCAUACCAGGCUAUGGAAAUCACAUCAACUGAUAAUG